UGGGUUGUAGUGCGCUGUGUGUUCGAUCACCGCUGGGGGAUCGGGACCCCAAUAUACCGACCGAUACAGCACCGGGGGGACCGACAACCCUCUACCGACCGACACACGGGGGUCCGACCGUCACAGGAGGGUUGUGACCCAGGAAGAUGACGCUGCCCGGGUGCCAGAGAAAUGCUCGAUGUCUGCUUUUAGCAGUCCACCAUUAUGGAGGAUUCCGGAAGGGACUGGGCGAGUCCGUGGCAUUAUCUUGCCAUCACCUCAGGAGGAAUGAAGCCAUUUCAGCACAGCACUUAUAUAGACAUGUCUUUACGAUGCAAAACCCACCGAGGAACUGUUGGCUGCCGAGAGCAGGCUGUGCCCGCUACAUUUCAGAGGACGGUGUAAAAGUCAUUCACCCUGAGAACAAUCAGCCGCCAAGCAUCCAAAAACAACAGGAGAGCGCAGUUGUACCUCGGGAGGAUGUGGAGACAUUCUUAGAAGGGCUGGAUGAUGAUCCACUUGGGUCUCCACUGGAUGCAAUCCCAGAAGAUGAAGGUGCCCAAAUUGCUCCAAUCCCUCCUUCCUCCUAUACACUUCGAGAUUAUGUGGAUCGAUCUGAAACUCUACAGAAGCUGGUAAUGCUUGGUGUGGAUUUAUCCAAACUUGAGAAGCGCCCCAAUGUUGGAACAUUUCUUCUGAAGUUGGACUUUGAAAAGGAUAUCAGCAAAAUCCUUUUUUUCCUGAAAGAUGUGGGUGUAGAAGACAGUCAGCUGGGACCUCUGCUGACCAAGAACCCGUUCAUACUUAGUGAAGAGCUGGAUAAUCUUCAGAAAAGGGUGGCUUACCUGCGCUCUAGAAAAUUCAGCCAGCAAGCCAUAGCUCGGAUGGUCUCCAGAGCCCCUUAUCUGCUGAACUUUUCCGUGGAGAGGUUGGACAAUCGUCUGGGCUUCUUCCAGGAACAGUUGGGGCUCAGUGCAGAAAAUACCCGUGAUAUAGUGACACGCCUCCCCAGAAUGGUCACUGGAAGUCUUGAGCCAAUUAAGGAGAAUCUAAAGGUGUUUGAACUAGAAUUCGGGUUCCGCAAAAAUGAAAUACAGCAUGUUGCUUUGAGAGUUCCCAAAGUACUUGCAGCAAACAAGAAAAGACUUACAGAAACGUUUAAUUAUGUGCACAACACAAUGGAGAUUCCCCACAACAUGAUCACAAAGUUUCCACAGAUUUUGAAUUCCAGCCUGUUAAAAAUAAAGGAAAGACACAUGUUUCUCUCCUUUUUGGGAAGAGCAAUUUAUGACUCAACACAGCCUAACUAUGUCUCCUUAGAUAAAGUGGCAGCCAUGCCUGAUGAUAUUUUCUGCAGAGAAGUUGCCAAAGCUUCUAUAGAGGACUUGGAUAAGUUCCGUAAAACCAUGUAGAUGUACAGAAAGAUAUGCUAUAAAAUGUUUUAUGUGAAUUUAUUAUCAUUUAUGUAUAAAGCAACACUAAAAAAGGAUUUUGUACAUUUAUUUUUAAAAUAAACAUAUUACAUACGUGUA